AUGGUAAGUUUGAAUAUGAUGUAUGUAGAUUUAUGCUUUAAGGGAAAUAGAUCUAGGUCACAGAACAAAGAUGACUAAAGCUUAUUAUGGCAGAUUCAUAAUGAUUACUGAAAUUAAAUUUAAUAAUUCUAUAUAUAUAAUAUAUUCUUAUAUUGAACUCUAAUUAGCAAAUAUGAUUUCAUCUAUACCAAUAACACUUGAUUAAAUAUAUGGAGUGAAUUUUAAGAGAGUACCCAUAUUAUAUGGUGAAAUGGAAGGAACCAAUCCAUUACCAAUCAAUGAAACAGAUGAAGAUUAAUAUUCAGAAAAAAAUUCUAGAAAGUAACAAAAGCGUUCAUUACCACCUUUAUAAAAAGUAGAUAUCAGAGUUGUAGGAGAGAAAUAGAAGAAAAAAUAGAAUAUGCAUCGGUCACCAGUUAUAUCUUCCUAAUUUGAAUAACAUAUUGGUUUUAGGAAUACUUUUUAUAGAUAUAAUAAAGUAAAUUUAGAAUCUAGAUGGAGAAUGGAAGAUAUUAAAAAUAAAGAGUAAGGGCUAUUCACAAAAUAUGCCUAACGAUUCAAUGUUCCUAAAUCAUAAAUUUGGAAUUGA